CUGGAUCCUGAAGAGGAAGCAAGACUCGGCGGUAGACGGAGUAGCGGUCCAGCACAGCUCCUUCGGUGUUCGGGUGGGGGGGAAGCCCGGCUGCAUCGGAGUGGCCACGGCGGUGAGGGAAGGGCGUUUGGGUCCAGGUUCAACUUGCCCUGUCCGGCCAGCUUCGUAGGAAAAAGCACUUGAGACGCGAAAGAGGAGAUGGAGUCUGCGAAUACUUUGUGUCAAGGCGGAGAGUGCAAAGGAGGUGUUUUAGCUCACCUGGAAAGACUAGAGGCCCAAACGAAUAGAUCGGAUAGAAAGUCUGAAGAGCCGGCCGUUCCCACCAAGGAACGUUCUCUUAGAGCCAAGAUUCAGGAACUGCGGAGACAGCGAGAUCAGCUGAGGGCUGAAGUGAAGCGACGGCAAGCCGGAGUAAAAGCAUCUUCGGCCAAUGAAGACUUAAACCAAACAGUGGAGAUCAGUGAGCAGGAGCUUCUGGAAAGGCAAUGGGGAAACGUGAAAGCCAUUCUCCAGGCCUAUCGGUUUACAGGGCUCAGCGGGAAGCUGACCAGCCGCGGAGUCUGUGUGUGCAUUAGCACUGCCUUCGAAGGGAACCUCCUGGAGUCCUACUUUGUCGACCUCGUCAUAGGGAAGCCACUCCGGAUACACCACCAUUCCAUCCCAGCCUUCAUCCCUCUAGAAAAGAUAGCCACGGCAUACCUACAGACUGAUAUCCAGCGCUUCCUGUUCAGUCUCUGCGAGUACCUGAACGCCUACUCGGGGAGGAAGUACCAGACAGACCAACUGGAGACUGACUUCAGCGCCUUCCUCACCGGACCUUUGCAGAGAAACGCCCUGUGCAACUUGCUGUCAUUUACCUAUAAAGUGGAUCAGGGGCGCCAGACCUCCUCCUUCAGUGCCAGAUUGCUGUAUGAGGACCUCACAGCAACUCUCCCCACAGACGCCACCGUGACGUGUGCAGCGGCAGAAGCAUCGUCCGCUCGUUGGGAAGAGCUCAGAACGUCCCAUGAAACGCUCUUCCGAGCCAAGCCCCUGCACCAGGUGUUCGCUUCAUUUUCCAAACAAGUUGAAAGGCUGGAUUUGAGCCUAGUCUCCUGAAAAACUGCUAUUGGGGACACCUCCGAAGUGAAUCCGUUCAUGCUGCCUGCAGUCCAGGACCGGUCAGCAAAGCUGUGCAGAGCAGAUGCUUGCCUGGACGCCACCCUUGCCAUGAGACUAGACACCCACUUCGUCGCUUGUUGAGUUCCUGUCUGUGGACACUGGGCGACUUGGACAGUUCUCCUUGAUUGCCUGAGCACUCGAAAUCGCCCCCCUCCCCCUCCCAGGUGACAGGAAAUAUUGCACUUUCUGCUCUCGUGACUAAGGUGACGUGGGUUCCAGAAGAACCAUUCAAGAUUAUCAGGAACGUUGGGGUA